AUGUCUAGAAAGACGACAUACACUGAAGACGCGCCAGCCGCCCCACUCAACGCUUCACAGGAGGUAGUAUGCAACGGUAUGGUCCAUUGCUCUGGCAGCCUUACGCUCGAGGGGAAAACGAUGCAGAUCAUCCCAGGAGGUAUACAAGCAGAGACACAUCGAGUACUUAAAAACCUGUCCACCAUACUCAAAGCAGCUGGUAGUAGCCUUGCUAGCGUUAUCAAACUUAACAUCUUUGUCACCUCCAUGGACGACUUCAGGACCAUGAAUGAAGUAUAUGAUAAGUUCUUCUCCAAAUUCGACCAGAAACCGUGCCGGACGUGCAUACCGGUUCCGCAGUUGGCUCUCGGUGCCAAAGUCGGGAUGGAUUGUGUCGCAGUUUUGGAGACGACAAUUGCGAGACUGUAA